UUGAUAUUUAAUUCAAAUAGUUUUCUUGAAAAUGAUUUAUGUCAACAGUAUUGUGUCUUCAUCGUUCAUCCACCCAGUCUAUACAUAAUUCAGCAAUUAUAAGUUGGCACAAUGAAUCACAUAUACAGAAUCGAGACUGGACAAAUGGGAUACCACCAGGAAAUCAAAACAAGUAGAAAAAUGGGAAGCACAGAUCAGAGAGCAGCAGGGCAUCAUGCUUCAUCUUGGAUUAUCAGAUACAACCUCCAUUCCAUCAUUGGGAGCUUUCUUCUGGCAUUUGUGGUUGUCACAUUUUACAUGACUGGGGGUACUGAAGAUGUGGUCCAGGGACAAGUGCAUCAGAUUUCGCGAAAGGGGUUGAUCCAAAGGUGCAAUUUGUUCUCAGGGAGAUGGGUUUAUGACAACGAAUCGUAUCCGUUGUACAAGGAGCAAGAGUGUUCUUUCAUGGUGGAAGAUUUUGUUUGUCAGAAGCAUGGGAGAAAGGACUUGGAGUAUCAGCAUUGGAGGUGGCAGCCCCAUGAUUGUGAUCUCCCAAGGUUUAAUGCUACUGCAUUAAUGGAGAAGCUGGGAGGGAAGAGGCUUAUAUUUGUAGGAGAUUCUCUGAUGAAGAACCAGUGGAUGUCAAUGGUGUGCAUGGUUGAAUCUUCUUUAGCUCCAUCUUUCAAAUCCUCCAUUUGGAAAGGCAAUUUGGUAACUUUUGAAUCCAAGGAAUACAAUGCCACAAUCGACUUCUAUUGGUCUCCAUUGCUGGUGGAAUCCAACUGUGAUGAUCCAAUUAACCAUCAUGUCCGGAAUCGAAUUGCCAGAAUAAAGGCAAUUGAGAAGCAUGCCAGGCAAUGGACUGAUGCAGAUAUUGUGGUUUUUGGUUCCUUUAUGUGGUGGCUAGAGCCCACCAUGACCCUCCUGUGGGGGUCAUUCGAGAGCCCGGAUGCAGUGUACAAGAGGGUAGCAAUGAAGCUUCGUCGCUAUGAAAUGGCACUGGAAACAUGGUCGGAUUGGCUCGAGUUCAACAUCAACACAACAAGAACACAGCUGUUCUUCAUGAGCCUCUCCCCUUACCAUAAACUGGCAGGGGAUUGGGGCAUGCCGGAGGAUCAGAACUGCUACAAUGAAACACAACCAAUCUCAAGAAUGGAUUACUGGGGAAGAGGAUCGGAUAAAGGAAUGAUGCGCACUGCAGAGGGAGUUAUACAGCGGCUGGAGAGCAAAGGUCUGAGAAUCCAAUACAUAAACAUAACACAACUCUCAGAUUACAGAAAAGAUGGUCACACUUCCAUUUACAAGAAGCAUUGGGAAGCUCCAACGGAAGAACAGUUGUUGGACCCAAAGAGCUACUCAGAUUGUGUGCAUUGGUGCUUGCCUGGAGUCCCUGAUGUUUGGAAUCAAAUUCUUUAUGCCUACAUUAUGCUUCAGGAUUCAUAGUAUACACUUUCUUUCUCAAAAUCCUUUGGAAUCUAGUUAAGGAUGUUUUCAUAUUUUGAUUUCAUUCUUCUUGUUACUGUCA